AUUGAAAAGUAAAUGUUUCAAAUCGCUAGGUAGGUAUUGUUGUUUCAAGUAUUUUUGAAAUCUAAAUGAUAAACAAUAUUUCUUUAAAAGAUGGACACUGAAGAUAUAGCAUUAAGUGAGGAUGAAGAAGAAAUUACAGCUGAGACCGUUUUAAAAACUCUUCAAAACGCUUGGCAAAAUGAGCGUUUAUCUCCAGAAAUACUGCCCCAUCAUAACGACAUGGUCGAAUGUAUGUUAGGACAAAUACAACACAUGGAGCGAAAUAUCAAUAAACUACCCAAAACUGAUCUUCGCUCAUGUAUUCAUAAAAUGGAAUUAAAUAGAAUUAAGUAUAUUAUUUGUAAUUAUCUUAAAACUAGGUUAAAUAAAAUAGAAAACUACUGCAUUGCUAUAGUCAAUGAGGAGAAGCAAAGAAUAGAGUCUGGAACGAAUUAUUUAACGCCAUCUGAAUUUAGAUAUGCCCAAGAAUAUGUAUUGAACAUGGAGAAUCAUUUGAAGAAUACAGUACUUGAUCAUGUUCCGGGGAAUAUGCAAACAUUUGAAUUCAAUAAAAUGGCUAUAUAUCCAAAUUAUCAAUCUCAUGUCUUUCUUAAAGCUAAUGAAACAGUAAAUGGUGUUGUUUUAGAAGACCUCCUAGGUGACCAAGAUGAGGAAAUAGAUUUAGAAGAGGGAUCCCAGCAUAUACUGCAAUACAAGCCAAUAGCAGAUUUAGUAAAAAAUGGCAAGGUGCAACUCGUAUAGUUUAGUAUAAUACAAACAAUAAUUUUAUA